AGAAAUCGACUCAGACAUGUUUUUGAUAGGUUUUGAAAACAGUGAAGAGAAAGUCCAAGUGUUGCUUUCAUCAUGUCAGAGCUUUCUUGAAGGUGAUGUGGCUCAUAUCCUGAAAUGUUUAUCCUUGAAACUGCUCUUGAUUCUCACAACUCGGACUGAAAAUAUCGACCAAAACACUUUAGUUGAACACGUGAUGAAUACAUCACUUUUUGAAUGUCUUUUAAAACUCCUUUGUCACAGUAAAACGCGUCAAGUGCACGGUUACGAUGUUGUAUUGUUGUUGACUUUACUUGUAAAUUACCGAAAAUACGACGCUGCCAAUCCGUACGUUGUAAAAUUGUCGAUUUUAGAUGACGAAUUGGCUUUGAACGGUUACGGCCAAGUAAUCACGUCAUCGUUGUGCGAAUUUUGUAGUCAAUUUAAUAGAGAAUUGAURGAGAAUCAGCACACCUCUUGGCUGACUUCGCUCACAACGAUGGUGGGCAACAUUUUCAUAUCSGAAGAGGGUGUUUUAAGGACGCAACAAAUGAGAGCAAACAAUGCGUAUUUGUUGGCGUUUUAUGAAGCCAUUCAUUUGAACAGGAAUUUUAUAACGACUUUGGCCCACACACAAAUUGACGGGAGUUCUCCACCUUCCCCUAUCAAUACGCUAAGUCCUGGAAGUAGUCCGGCGGACAUGACGGCUAUUAACUUGAGUUCGCAGCCUUCUAAUCUCUUAGUUGUAUUUUUCCAAUACUGGUAAGUUAAUUACUAGAUCACAAUUUUGGAAUCUCAUUCUCAG